AUGGCAAGUUAUUCAACAAUAUCAAAACUAGCUAUCAAAAGAACAGUUGAACAAACGAAUUCUUCAGUUGACGACAAUAAAGGAAUAAAUAAUGAACUCGUUGAACAAGUCAAAGAAUUAUUUGAUGAAUUGUUUUCGAAUAUAAACAAUUCUAGUAAAAUCGAUUCAAUUUCGGCAAUUUUCCUCAAAUUGAAUGAUAUUUGUGAUAAUUUAAUCACUCAAAAUAGUUAUACUGCCUCAUGUGCUUUUAAUAUUUUCAAUAUAAUCUUAAAUCAUUAUAUUAAAUUACUUGAUAUUGAUCAAUUUAUUGAAGUGAUUCAACAUCAUGUUUCAAAAGAAAAUAAUAAUUUAUUUCGAACAUUUUUUCAUAUUAAAAGUCAUUAUGAUUUAAAGAAGUUAAUUGAACAAACGACAAUGAAAACUCGACGAAAAAUAUUUUUCUCUUUAUUAAAUCAACUUAAUUCAUCAACACGACUUAAUUCAUAUCUUCAAAAUACUAUGUCAAAUGAUAAAGAUACUGAUCAAAUAUUAAUCAAUUCUUGUAGUUUUAUAUUAUAUGCAGUUUUAAAAGUUUUAAAUGAUUUAGGAGUAAAAAUCACAGAUAAUGAUUUAGAAAAAUAUCAAAGUACUCUUUUAACUCUAUUUAUUAAUUUUAUUAAUGAAUAUUUCAUUAGAAAAGAACAUUUAAGAGUAAAUGAAAAACAAAAUGAUACAUUAAUUAAAGAAAUAUUAUAUUUUAUUGGGAAUAUAACUGAUAAAACAUUAACAAUACCAAUAUUUAUUAAUCUCAAUUAUCCACAAAUAUGUUUACAAUGGUUAUCAUUAUCAUAUUUAAAUGGUUAUGAAUAUAAAUAUAUUAUCAAUAUUUUAUAUAAUAUUGCACGUCAUGAUAACGGAGCAAUUUUUCUUCAUAAAUCUGAUUGUACAAAAAUUGUACGUCAAUUCAAAAAUGAAAUAUUAAAUAUAAAUAUUGAUUUUAUUAUUAAUAAAGACAUGCGUUCAAUAGUUUCUCUACUCUUAGAUUUAAUUCUUAUUUUAGUCAUCGAUCCAGAUGAACUUUAUGCUGAAGAAUUCAAUAAUGGUACAAUCAAUCAAGUAUUAUCAACAACUAAAAUUAUCUCAAAAUCUACUAAAUUUCAAUAUAAAGGAUGUCAUAUAUCAGAACUAUUGAUUAUUUUAAUGAAAUUAUGUACGAAUGAUAAUAUCAUUGAUUAUAUUCUUCAACAAAAUCAAUAUCAAACAUAUUUUUUAACAACGUUAAAAAUAUUUUUAUUUGAAAUCGAAAAUAAAAAAUUCGAUGAUGAUGAUCUUGAUUCAUAUGUUCUAUCAAUUAUGGCAUUAGCAAAUAUUAUUUGGAGUAUAUCAUUUCAUGAACGAUAUAAAAAUGAAUUAAUUCAAAAUAUUAAUUUACUUAAAGAUCUUGAAAUAUUUCGUGAAAUGAAUAUAAUUAAUAAUGUUUUACCAUAUAUUUAUAUACCUUAUCAAAUGUCAUCAUUAAGAAGAACAAUUGAUGGAAUUUGGCAAAAUUUAUAUCCUUUAUUACCAAUAAAAUUAGAAGAAAAUAAAUUUACUAAUAAUAAAAAAAUAAUAUGUUCACUUAUGAUUAGUUAUUCUCAUGUAAAUAUUGAUUUUUGUCGACAAUUAUAUGAUAUAUUAAAUACAAUACCUCAAUUAUCAAUUAAUGUUGAUAUUAAUACUGGUAAAUAUUUAUGGAAAGAAAUAAUACAAACUAUUGAACAAUCAGAUCUUAUUCUUUUUCUUUUAUCAAAAGAUUUUUUCUAUGAUAAAUCAUGUCGUCAAGAAUUAAUUUAUGUUACAGAUAUAUUGAAAAAACUUUUUUUUCCAAUAUUUAUUGAUCAAAAUUUUAAACCAACUGAUUGGCUACAUAAACGAAUAGCUCGAUUAAAAUGUAUUCGUUUUGGUAAAUUAGAUUUUAUGAAUACUUGUGAAGAAUUAUUAUCAAUGAUCAAUGAACAUCUUUAUAUAAAUAUAUCUUUAGUAAGAAAUUCAUUAGAUAUUAAACAAUGGAAUGAUCAAGAAGUUAAACAAUGGUUUAUAAAAAAUCAUAUUCUACCUGAAUUAUAUGAAUUUUAUCAAUUUCGAAAUGGAAAUGAAUUAUUAUUAUAUGCACAAGCAAUAUUAGCAUAUCCAUGGAUAAAUGAAUAUGAACGUAUAAGAAUAAGAUUUGAAGAAAAAUUUCAACAACAAAAACAAAAUCUUUCUCGUGAUCAAUUUUUACAAUUGAUUAAUGCUUUAGAACGUUUACAAAAACAAACAUAUUUCAAUUAA